CCUCUCUCUCUCUCUCCCUCCAUCCAUAGCUCCUCCUCUGUCGUCGGAGAGAGCGGACACCGGUCACAUUUUUUUUUCGUAGCUCAAUGAGAGCAAGAGGGCACCGAGAGAGGAUUUCCUAAUUCCAACCCGCUGCUGUGCCGCGCGGCUGUUUUUCUCUCGCCUCUGUCAAAGCAGAGGCUAAUAUGAAGACAUCAUUUGGCAAACCAGACCCUGGGAAGACCCUACAAUCUUUUCAACUCAUUUGAAACUGAAGACAAAGGCAUGCAUUGUCUCCGGUAAAACCUGCUCCCCACUCUCCCCUCUUCCUACCUAGCCUUUGAGAGUGAGGACAACACAAACUUCACAGACAUGGGUUCAGAUCAACCCUGCAUGGAUUCACCAGAGCGAAGACCCACAUUGGGUGCUGCCUGUAAGCGGCAGGGCCACCGGUGUCUGCGGAAAAAGCUGAGGCCAGUGCGAAUCUUAGGGUUCGUCUUCAGCCUGGUGGCCGUAAGUGCCGUCUCCUUCAGUGCCUUGACCUGGAGCUCAGGGGGUCUCAGUGAGCCAGUGCUUCCCCAGGAGAGUCUCCACCGGUCGGCCCCCCACAGGACUCUACUUUUUACCCAAACUCAGAGGGACCCCAAUGUGUCAGCUGACAUGCCAAUAGCCAUGAAAUCUACAGCAGAAAGCAACAAGAGCCAGGGGGAUUACCCACCAGACAUUUUCACCGUUGACGAGAGGCGCCAAGGAGCAGUGAUCCUCCACAUGUUCGGCAUGAUCUACAUGUUCAUCGCUUUAGCCAUAGUGUGCGACGAGUUCUUCGUCCCAGCGCUGACAGUCAUCACGGAGAAGCUGACCAUUUCCGACGACGUAGCGGGCGCCACAUUCAUGGCGGCGGGCGGCUCAGCCCCGGAGCUCUUCACCUCCAUCAUCGGGGUUUUCAUCUCACACAGCAACGUGGGCAUCGGGACCAUCGUGGGCUCGGCCGUCUUCAACAUCCUCUUCGUGAUCGGGAUGUGUGCCAUCUUCUCCAAGGAGAUCCUCAACCUAACGUGGUGGCCACUCUUCCGCGACGUCUCCUUCUACAUCAUAGAUCUGAUCCUGCUCAUCAUCUUCUUCCUGGAUAACAUCAUCUCCAUGUGGGAAAGCCUCACGCUGCUCUCGGGCUACGCCGCCUACGUGAUCUUCAUGAAGUUCAACAGCCAUGUUGAGGGCUUCGUCAAAGGUUGCAUGAACAAGAACCAAGUGGUAGAAGUAGAAGUGCAACCCAAGGAUGAAAAGGCAAGUCCUGGGGCGCCAGAGGAUGACGGCAAGUUGUCGGCCAGGCCUCGGCUUCAGAGGGGGGGUAGUUCCGCCUCUCUCCACAACAGCUUGAUGAGGAACAGCAUUUUCCAACUGAUGAUUCACACAUUGGACCCUUUAAGUGAAGAAUUUGCUGACUCUGAGCUUGGGACUUAUGGGAAACUAAAAUAUUAUCACUCAAUGACUGAGGAAGGUAAAUUUCGAGAGAAGGCAUCCAUUCUUCAUAAGAUCGCUAAAAAGAAAUGCCAAGUGGAGGACAGUGAGAAGGCCAAUGGAGUAGCGAGCCGUUCAGAUAAGAACCUUCCUAACAGCUCCAGCGUGGAAGUGGAAGUGACACCACCCAUGAAUGGAACGGCAGGGCAAGAGGGGGAAACGGCUGAGGAUGAGGAGGAGGAGGACCAGCCUCUGAGCCUGUCCUGGCCUGAGUCCACUCGCAAGCGCCUCACCUACCUCUUAAUCAUACCUAUUGUCCUGCCCCUGUGGAUAACGCUGCCUGACGUCAGGAAAUCGGCAUCAAAGAAGUUCUUCCCCGUCACCUUCCUGGGUUCCAUCGGUUGGAUAGCAUGCUUCUCCUACCUGAUGGUGUGGUGGGCUCACCAGGUUGGAGAGACCAUUGGGAUUACAGAGGAGAUUAUGGGCCUGACUAUAUUAGCAGCUGGAACCUCCAUCCCUGACCUCAUCACCAGUGUUAUUGUGGCACGCAAAGGGCUGGGUGAUAUGGCUGUAUCCAGCUCCGUGGGCUCCAACAUCUUCGACAUUACUGUUGGACUGCCGUUCCCCUGGCUCAUGUGGUCCUUUUUCAACGGCCUGCAACCGGUGCCAGUCAGCUCCAACGGCCUCUUCUGUGCCAUCGUGCUCCUCUUCCUCAUGCUCCUCUUCGUCAUCAUCUCCAUCGCCGCCUGCAAGUGGCGCAUGAGCAAGCUGCUCGGCUCCAUCAUGUUCAUGCUGUAUUUAGUCUUCCUGGUGGUCAGCGUCAUGCUGGAGGACAGGGUCAUCCAGUGUCCGGUGUCCAUCUGAGGGACCUCCGAGGACCUACUUCCUCUCCUUCGUCACUACCACCACCAACACAACCAUCCUUCUUCGUCUGCCAUCGCUCUCACUUGACCCUUGUGAUCCUUUACCCCAGGACUAAAAGAAGAAUAACGAGGACUGAAGAAGAGAAUAAUAUAAAAAAUAUGGAAUCUACCUAUAUUUUCAGUAAGCAGGUGGUGGCGGGGAGGGAUUAAACCAACAAGGGCACAAGACUUUGGCUUGGCUGGUUUAGCAUAGGCCUAACCUGAGUGGAUUUUUAUUUAUUAUUAUUAUUAUUAUUAUUAUUAUUAUUAUUAUUAUUAAUUGGCAGGUGAGGGGGGGUUAUGGGUGCACCAGCCAAAUAUAGAAGCAUUAUGCAUGCCAUUAGUGUCACUAGAUGAGCUGGAAUCAAGACUCCACCUGGUAGGUUGAGGAGAAUGUCCUCCUGUGAACUUUGGGGAAAAAAACAAGAGACGCACUGUAUAAAACUCUCAAUAAUAAAUGCAGUGGCUGAGCUGAAA